AUGAGCGGAGACACUAGUGAGAUAUUUGAUGUCUACGCCAGUGAUCUCACUCAGGCAAUGCAGGAGAUAUCUUCUUUGCUUGCAGACUACCCCAUAGUAGCCAUUGACACGGAGUUUCCCGGGUACUUUGAGAACACUGUGCAGCUCUCCCUUCUUACUCAGCGUCAGAUUCUUUCAAAGCAUGCCUCUGCGUAUGCUGCAUAUAAGAUAAACGUAGACUCUCUCCAGCUUAUACAGUUGGGCAUUUCCCUCUCCAACAGUGCUGGCGAAACCCCAAAGCCCCACUCAACGUGGCAGUUCAAUAUGUUAUUUGACGAAACAACACCGCUUUCAACCUCCAACUCCAUGAAUCUCCUUCGUGAGCAUGGCAUAGACUUUCCCCGCCUUAGUAGAGACGGGAUCCACCCCGUUGCUUUUUCGUAUGAAAUUCAGAUAAGCGGUCUGAUUUAUAAUCGUAGCCUAACAUAUGUGUGCUUCCACGGCUCUUCUGACUUUGGGUAUUUGACCAAAGCCGUCACAUGCAACGAUCUUCCCUACUCCAAGAAGGACUUUGAUGAGUUGUUGCGCAUACUUUUCCCGGGCAAGCUAUACGAUCUUAAGCACUGUGGCUCAUGGUCAGGAUCAUUGGAGAGUCUGGCUGGGUCCUAUGGGGUUCGAUGGCAGGGGUUUCAACACCAGGCUGGUAGCGAUGCGCUAGUAACUCUGAGGACCUUCCACUUACUGAAGGAUAAUGUAGACUUUCUAACCCCGGCAAACGAUCAUGUGAUAUAUGGGUUUCACUAA